AUGGAUUCGAUGCGAAGUCUCAACACCUCCCUUCCGGGCGCCUCGGCAGGAAAGCAGGCGACCCAAAAUGACUCCCCUGAGCAGCUGCUCGAUGCCUUCAAGGCUGCGGCCCUCUCAGUCACGAAACUCUACAAGACUUCUGCGGCCGCGCAAUCUAAGGCCCGCAUGGACGGCUACCAGGACUGUCUCGAUGACUUGCUGGCAUUCCUCGACAAGGAAAGAAUUGGCUUGGGCGACGGCGAUGGCUGGAGAAUUCGAAGCUGGGCAACCGAGCGGCUUGAGGGCAGGGAAAGCUCCCAGAACGCGGAAAGUGACGACGAAGCGGACAAGCCAGAAACUACGUCGUCUCCUGAGCUGAACCGAUCUAGCAGCGAAACGCAACUACGAGAUGAGACUCAGAUGAGGACAGACUCCGCACCGCCAAGUGCGCCCCCUCCUGCUGAGGAAGAGGAACCCGAGAUUAUGCCCAUCACGGUGCCCACGCAAGACACCUUCACCUUUCAAUCAUCUCACCCAUGGCCACCUCAUCCUCCUCAGCAAGACGCAUAUCUUAACCUCGCAAACCUCGAUCUGUCAGAUUCUCGAACACACGACAACACAACAAACGCGAACCCCACAUCUCGGACAACAAGACCACGUCAUCCGGCAAAUAUCCCUCGAUCGGCGUCAAGGCAAGGAAGUAACCUAGGUCGCGGUGCCGGAUCAAAGCGAAAAAUCAACUUUGCCGAAAUUUUCGACCUGAGCAGCCUAGACAAGAACAUGUUUGGCGGCGGACCCAAACGCUCUCGCCACACAUGA